CUGGUCUGACUUCUACUCUGUCCUCUCUCACGUCUGCUCGUCGGCUAAAACCGGGAGACGAGAGAGGCGCAGAAGCUCUGUUCUUGGAGUGAAAGAGAGAAUUGUGGGGCAAAAUGGAGGGAAAAUUGGAUGAGAAUUCUGCGGUCAUUGAAGCAAUUCUCAGAGAAGAAUUGGAAAACAACGGUGGUUUUGAGGAUCACAACAGUGGCUGGCAGACGGUGACGUAUUCCAAGCGCAAUCGGAAACGCUCGGAGAAGCCGCCGGAGGUAUUAGCCGAUCGCCCGAACGGCGGGACCGCUGGGGACAGCAACGGCGUGUUCUGGGCGAUCGAGCAGCAGUCGGAGGAGCGGCGCCGCCGCGCGGAGGAGGCAAAGAAGGCGGCCGUCGUCGAACCCGUGGCUAGAUCAAAGCAGGAUUCCGAUGGUGAUGAGGAUGAUAGUGAGGGGGAGGCUUCUGGUGACGUGGACAAUGGUGGUGCUGAGGUGAAGAAGCCGAAGGCGAAGAAACCGAAGAAGCCGAAGGUGACGGUGGGCGAGGCGGCUGCGAAGAUUGAUCCCGAUGGCCUUGCUUUUUUCCUCGCUGAGAUAUCGGAAUCAUAUGGGGCACAGCAUGAUAUCCAGCUCAUGCGAUUCGCAGAUUACUUUGGUCGUGCAUUUUCUUCUGUGAGUGGGGCACAAUUCCCUUGGAUGAAGACAUUGAAGGAGUCCUCUGUUGCCAAGAUGGUCGAUAUCCCACUUUCACACUUACCUGAAGCUGUUUAUAAGACAUCAGUUGACUGGAUCAGCAAACGUUCAUUUGAAGCACUUGGUCCCUUUGUGUUAUGGUCAUUGGAUGGCAUUCUUGCUGACCUAGCAAGCCAUCAAGGCCCUGCCAAGGGAUCCAAAAAGGUGGUUCAACAAAUGCCAUCAAAGUCUCAGGUUGCCAUAUUUGUUGUUUUGGCAAUGGUAUUGAGAAGAAAGCCGGAUGUGUUGAUCAGUCUUGUGCCCUUGAUGAAGGAGAACCCGAAAUAUCAAGGACAAGAUAAGCUUCCGGUGAUAGUAUGGGUGAUUGCACAGGCCUGCCAAGGAGAUUUGACUGUAGGUUUGUACAUGUGGGUUCGCAUUCUAUUGCCUAUACUGAGUAGCAAAUCAAGUUCUAAUCCACAGUCAAGAGACUUAAUUUUACAGUUGGCGGAGAGAAUUCUUUCCCUCCCAAAGGCUCGCCCUAUUUUAUUAAAUGGCAGUGUCAAGAAAGGUGAGCGCCUAGUGCCACCGUCAGCUCUUGAGCUUCUGAUGAGAAUCUCCUUCACAGCACCUUCUGCUCGAGUUAAGGCCACAGAAAGGUUUCAAGCUGUGUAUCCCACCUUAAAGGAUGUGGCCCUUGCUGGUACCCCUGGAAGCAAAACAAUGAAGCUACUUUCGCUGCAGAUAUUUCCGUUUGCCAUCAAAGCUGCUGGAGAGGGCCUUACUGACCUGUCAAAGGAAGCAGGUGAUAUUUGCAUUUGGUGUUUGACCCAAAAUCCCAGCUGUUACAAACAAUGGGACAACAUUUAUCUGGAUAAUCUUGAAGCUAGUGUUGUUAUUCUUAGAAAGCUGUCUGAUGGAUGGAAGGGGUACUCUAGACAUCAUGCUUUGGAUGUUGUGAGAGAAACUCUAAAGAGUUUCAGACAGAAGAAUGAGAAAGCGUUGGCUACUGUAGAGGACACUUCUCGCCAAAAAUCCUUGAAGGAUGUGGACAGGUCCUGCAAGGCGAUCUUGGCACAAUUAUCACGGGGAAACACAUGCUUAAAGAGUGCUGUUUUUGUAUCUGCUGCACUGGCUGUGGGUGCCGUUCUCGUGUCACAAAACAUGCAACCAGGGGACUUGCAGAAAUUUUAUGAAAUGUUUUGGCAUUAACCAUGGAGGGUCAAUGGCAGCCCAUACUUCACACCCAUCAGUACAAUUAUAAUUAUCUCUUUCACAGCUAAGUUAAGCAAGAUGGUCCAUCGAUACAUCAGCAGAGGAUGAGUUUGAUUCGUAGAAUCUAGAAAUAGCGCUAGCAGCGGCGGCACCCUGGCACUUGAAAGAGAAUGUGGAUGUGCUAUAUAUCUGGUUUUAAGUUUGGAGUGUUACUGAAAUGUUUUUAUUUUAUGAUGACUUUAGUUGCUGCGGGGCUAUUUUGUCUCGGUUUUAAACUUGGAAUCUGUUUAGUUAUACAGAGAUAUGGUGGGAUUAAUGAA